UUCGGUUUGCGGGCGUCGUCCGCAAUCGGCGACCUUCAGCAGUCAGGGGCGCACGGUUAUUUGGCACUAGCACGACCACCAGCGGGAUCAUGUCAGCGCAGUCAGCUCCGCCGAAGACGAUACCGAAACCCGUGAGGUUUCUGUUCGGUGGCUCUGCCGGGAUGGCAGCCACGCUGUUUGUGCAACCACUGGACCUGAUCAAGAACCGCAUGCAGUUGAGUGGCGAGGGUGGCAAGUCCAAAGAGCACAAGACAAGCCUGCACGCCAUCCGCAGUGUCAUCCAGAAGGAGGGCAUCCGAGGGAUGUAUGCUGGGCUGUCAGCUGGUUUGCUGCGCCAGGCGUCCUACACCACUGUUCGUAUGGGAGUGUACACAUCGCUCUUUGAGACCUUCAGUAAGGAAGGCAAGCCGCCGGGCUUCCUGGUCAAGGCAUCAAUUGGAAUGAUGGCUGGUGCAGUGGGAGCCUUCUGUGGCACGCCCGCCGAAAUCUCUCUCAUUCGAAUGACUGCAGAUGGAAGGUUACCACCAGCUGAGCGCAGGAACUACAAGAACGUGUUUGAUGCACUUGUUCGGAUGUCAAAGGAAGAAGGAGUGCUUACGCUGUGGAGGGGAUGCGUACCAACAAUUGGCCGAGCCAUGGUUGUGAAUGCUGCCCAGCUGGCCUCGUAUUCUCAAGCCAAGCAACUUCUACUCAACUCAGGUUACUUCCGCGACAACAUCAUGUGCCACUUCGCUGCCAGCAUGAUCAGUGGUCUCAUCACCACAGCGGCCUCCAUGCCCGUGGACAUUGCAAAGACCAGAAUUCAGAACAUGAAGACAAUCGAUGGCAAACCAGAGUACAGGGGUGCCAUUGACGUGCUAUCCAAGGUAGUACGCAACGAGGGCUUCUUCAGCUUGUGGAAGGGCUUCACCCCGUACUAUGCUCGGCUGGGACCGCACACGGUGCUCACAUUCAUCUUCCUGGAGCAGAUGAACAAGUUCUACUACCGAGUCAUUCUCGGAGACACCGAAGGACGGGGAGGACUGUGAGACUCGAGGGGCUGCCUGCCCCAUCCUCCCACAUGGGAAGGAGCCACAUCACCAUCUGUCUUUCGUCCCGGCCGGCCAGCGGUCAUCUCCUCUACUCUCGUGACCACUUGCGUGCACAGAGUCCAUUGCUGCCAGGGGGCACCAGUGGCUCCUCUUCUCCGUGUAGCUGGUCUGUAGAGUUUUGUCUUGUGUGGGCCAGGGAGGGCCUCAAAGCAUUUUUUGGUUGGUUGGCUGUUAGAGAAGAAUAAAAUACGUAUUUGCAUUUUUGGGCUCAACGAGUGUGAAGAGUCCGAUAAUAAUGAAGCAGUCUGCCUUGCACACAGCUCAGUUAAACCAGUUCACAACACUUAUCAUAGGCGAGAUGCCUGCCCUUAAGGUUCACAUUAUAUGUGACACCUGCCAACGAAAGGAUGUUCCAAAUCCACUGCCAUGAUUCUGAUUGGUGCUGGCUGACACUCCUGGGGCUAGAUCUGGCACACAUACAAAAUACACAAGAAAGUAGAUAGGCUGUGCAUUGUAGGUCAGUUGGUACAGCAUUGAAUGUGUGAUGCGGAAGAUGUGCCUCUGGCUCCCACCAGUUUGCAUGCUUUCAUUUCCCAUUUUCUUAUUAUUUCUACGUUUCAAUUAAAAGGAACAGCUAACUACUCUUGUCCUUUCCUGUGCUCCAUUGCCUGUUAGCUUCAUGUGGUUGUAACUAAUAAAAAACAUCAAAGCCC